GGGAGCUCGAAUAUAGCAAUAUUUUCCGAUAAAAAGAUCUUGUCCAUAUCAAAUCGCCUUGGUCAUAAACGGUUUCAUGCGUUGUUUCACCGCCUGGAUGAUUCGAUGAGUGCAAGAGCAAGACGUGAUAUUCGCUCCACUAACCCAGCAACAAGUUCUGGAUACUUCUCUACCACAAUGCAGAUUGGAGUGACCAUAGAAUCUAUCCGCACCUAUUGUGACUGUGCGUUUGACUUGUAUUUUGGGCAUUCUCUUAUAUUGACGCACUGCUCCCAGUCUAUUUCAAAUUUGUGCAUCCGAUAUAUCCUUUCCUCCAUCGAGAUGAGUUCGAGAAAAGCGCUUUCGACGAUCGGUGCUCAGAACUUUGUGCGCAAAAUCCAGCGUUCUCAGCCUUAUAUCAUACUAGACGGCGGGUCCUUUCAACCUGGGCAUGGAACAGCCUGGAGAUUAUUUCAAGUAGCACUCGGCCGAUUUACUGAAUUAGUCACAUCGAAGGAAACACUACUUCAUGCUCAAGCUAUUUUUUGUCGCAAUGUGUCGUGCGUUCAAAUCGAGAAGUUGCUCACCACUGAAGUCGCGAGAAUUGCUCAAGCACUAGGGAUAAACCGGGCCGUAUACGAAGAUAUGAACACAGACCAGUGCCGAAGGACAUUUUGGGUCAUAUACAUACUGGAAAAGACGCAAUGCUUUGCAUGUAGCAGAGAUUCGUGGCAGAUCUUGAACGAUUCAAAUAUAAGCACACCCAUUCCUCAAAUCCCCGAGACGGCAUUCCACGGCUGGGAUUACUUUCGUGCGCUAUGUCGCUUUAGUCGGCUUUUAUCUAAAGCGCAAAUUGCUGUCUUCUCUAUAAGCGCAACUUUGUUACCGUCUCACAUCAUGGUAGCGACUAUUGAGGAGCUCGAGCUAGAGCUCGAAAAUUGGAAGGACUCCAUAGAUGAGAAAUACCGACCAGGACACAUCUUUCUGCAACCUGAUGGUCUGGACAGUCUUUCCAUCGGAUUGAAGAUAAAGAUUGCCUUUCAUUACUAUAGUGCUUCAAUUGCCCUGAUCCGACUCAAGAUGAAUAUCCUAUCGCCAGACUUGAAAGACAGCCGACUGAAGAGCGAAAUGAAGCUUAUAAGUGCUUGUCGCUCAAUUACCGAACUGACGCGAUUCAUUGACAGCAAUCUUGCCUUGAUAGGCAUGGCAUGUGGAUACUUCUGCCGAUUGGAACUCUCUUCGAAGGAUCUUUUCCAAACAUCAGCUCUAUCUGACCUCGAGCAGAUAGCCAGAGACUACAUAAAGCAGUUUGAAACUGGAGGGCCAACAGAGGCGGCUGAAUCUAGCAUGCCACCCUCUUGCUCGACAACUCAAGAAACUGGAGAUGGCAACGCACCACAUUCCAACCUAUCAUAUCCGGUGAGUUUCAAACAAGAACCACCAAAUUUUGAGAUACAAAACAUCCUAAUUAUACCGCGCUUCAAGCUGGACGCAUCAUUUGAAUUAAUGCAGCACCUACCACAGACACAUGGGGACGUAGACGAGAAUAUGGCUACCGCAAUGCAUGACGAUCUUAGUGCUCCGACCUUCGAACCUAUAUUCUCCGAAGGCGUUGAUCUAACGAACUUCUUUGCUGGCGAAAUGCGGGAUUUUUUUGAUGCCUCUAUGAUGGACCUUUCCUUAACACAGUGA